UCUUUGGGUACAAAAAGGAAUAAGAAGAAGAAGCUCUUUUUUUUGUAAUUUUUUUCUUGAUAAAUGUGGGGGGCUCAUUCAGAACCAGCCGAUUCUUAUUAUCAGGUCAAGCCUGAAUGCAAUGACGUUCCAGCAACCAGAUUUAAGAUUAGGCCUGGUAAAACUCUAAGUGUAAGAAAAUGGCUAGCUGCAUUUUCUCCAAAUGGCCAAUUGGAUAUAGGAAAAACUCUACAUCGAAUCCUUCGUGGGGGGAUUCAUCCAUCGAUCAGAGGAGAAGUUUGGGAGUUUCUACUUGGAUGUUAUGAUCCUACGAGCACAUUCGAUGAAAGGAAGCAGAUACGACAGCAACGAAGGGAGCAAUAUAUCAGAUGGAAGAAGGAAUGUAGUCAAAUGUUUCCCAUCAUUGGAAGUGGCAAUUAUAUUACAGUACCUGUAAUCACCAAAGAUGGUCGACCCAUUCGAGACCCUGCUGUAUGUUUAGAUACUAAUGCUAAGAGCACCGAAAUGGUAAUCAGUAAUGGUCCUUUGGACAUGAAAGUAACCCAGUGGCUGCUUUCACUGCCUCAAAUAGGUCUCGAUGUCAAACGCACCGACAGGGAUUUGGUAUUUUAUGAGAAGCAUGAGAAUUUAUCAAAACUAAUGGAUAUACUCUCUGUUUAUGCCUGGAUAGAUACAGAUGUCGGAUAUUGUCAAGGAAUGAGUGAUCUAUGCUCCCCCAUGAUUAUUCUUUUUGAAGAUGAAGCUGAUGCAUUUUGGUGCUUUGAGCGUCUCAUGCGCAGAUUGCGAGGAAAUUUCAGAUGCACUGAGACUUCUGUUGGGGUAGUAACACAACUCAGUAAUUUGGCUACGGUGACUCAAGUUAUCGAUCCGAAACUUCACCAGCACUUUGAGACACUUGGUGGAGGUCACUAUCUCUUUGCUAUUCGAAUGCUAAUGGUUUUGUUUCGUCGAGAGUUCUCAUUUUGCGAUUCAUUGUACUUAUGGGAGAUGAUGUGGGCUCUAGAAUAUGAUCCGGACUUGUUCCUUAUGUAUGAAGAACUUGAAUUAAAUAUGGAGAAGUCCGAAGUUUCCAAAGGAAAACCGAAAUCAACCCGUCAGUGUGGGAAGUACGAGAGAGACAAUAUGAAAAUUAAAAGCUCCGGUGAGCCCCUCCCCAUAUCGGUUUUCCUUGUUGCCAGUGUCUUAAAAGAUAAUAGCUCAGUAUUACUGCAUAAAGCUCGUGGUCUGGACGAUGUAGUUCAGAUUUUGAACGACAUGCCCGGAAACUUGGAUGCCAAGAAAGCCUGCACUGGGGCAUUGAAACUUCAUAAGAAAUAUUUAAAGAAGGCCAAGAAGAUAUCGUAAAGUUAAAAACCAUGUGACGAUUUCUGUCCAGUGAAGAGCUUAGGUGACAAUGAACUUCCAGAUGAAUCCAGGCUUUAGAGAU